AUGUCUGAGACUGACGCCUCUAUUCUUUCGGCCAUUGACCAGGGCCAGUUCAGCCUUGCUCAAUCUCUCUUGUCCCGAAAACUAAAGAAGUUUCCUAAUAAAAGCUACUAUUGGGCUGUCAACUGCUAUCUCUUGGUCAGUCUGGGCAAACAUGAAGAAGCUCUCAGUCAAAGUAAUGCCCUAAAAGAGAAGGUUCCAAGCGACCCACAUGCUCUAGAAAUGUUAUACAAGGUUUUUGAACUAUUAGGGAGACCGAAAGAUGCCAACAUGAUUUAUGAAAAUGCAGUUAAAAAGUAUCCGUCAGCAGACCUCAUUGAAUGUUGGUUUCAAUUGGCGGUGUCGAAAUUUGAUAUUAAAACCAUGCAAAAGGCAGCUAUGGCACUCCAGAAACACAAGAAGGGCGAUAGGAAACUUGCGAUGCGGGCUGCGUUUUGUUGUCUUAAUCUUGCCCUGUCGAAGGUUUGCAAAAUCACCGAAAAAGAAGCCACAUUAUAUUCAAAUCUUGGUGAAAAAUUACUAGAACUGUUCGAUUUCGUCUCCGGGUCCACUCAGGAAGUCUAUGUUUACUGUAAAUUGUUGAAGAAUAACGAAAAAUAUCAGGAAAUAGCCCUGCUUCUCAGUUCCUACGAGGGUACUUUGGACCUUGAUCUUCAAUUGCUCUACUUGGAUGCUCUAGACAAGCUGGAAAAGUGGGAAGAGUUGUAUCUGCUUGCUAAAAAACUUUUAUUUGAGGUUCAAUUUAACGAUUUCGAUACUUGGAAAUAUCUCAUCCGGGCCUCCAAAAACACUAGCAGAGACUACGUUGAGUGCCAGGACCUCAUUUCUCUGCACCGGCCAUCAACGAGAAAUAGCCAAUUGGCGGCUAUCGAAGCUGCAAAACUAUAUGAAAAGCCAGUGGAUGCUCUCAUAUUAAAUUACUACAAGAACUUCUCAUCCAAAUUGUGCUGUUAUACUGAUAUAUCUUACUAUCAACCAACACCAUUCAUUGACAAGAUAAAAGAGACUACAAGUGAGAUUCUUGCUUCUUCAAAAGUCAACACUGCUAGCCUCAUCACAUUGGUGAACAAUCAAAAAUUCAUUCAGACCUGGGAUGACAAGUUGGAUAAACUGGCAUUUAUUGCUGCAAACUGGGCGAUUUAUCACAAAUUUCAGCCUCUCUUGGCAGAGAAAGUGGAAACAGAUGCUUAUUCUGCCAAUGAAUUGAUUCUUAUGAAUGUCGUUCUCAGCUUGGAAGACAAAUCUGCAUCGAACAUUGUGAAAAAUAUAAUCACAUUGGAGCACUUACUAGAUAAAGAUCCUCAAGAUUUCAAAGUCAGGCUUCUUUUGCUCCAUUUGUAUGCAUCGAUAAAUUGUGACUCUUUGGCAGUCCAUAAUUACAACAAACUUCGCAUCAAGAUGUUCCAGCAUGAAUCUUUGAGUCAUCUCAUAGUGGAUUCCAUGACUCCCACGAAGGCAAACCUUCAAGAGCUCAUCAAUAUUUAUCGCUUUUACCUCAGUGCGGACGGUGAAUUGAACGAAAGUGUUUCGCUUGCAUUUGAGAAAGAAGUCUACAACAAAUUAGAGAGUUUCACUCUGUUCUCCAUAAAGCUUAAGAACUCCUUAUCAAGGUAUGUGCUUUUGCUUCAGCUUAUUAAGUUUUGCCGUAUACUCAACGACCACCAAUAUUUGAACUAUUUUAGCCGCAUCGUCCAAGAGCACGAACUAGAGGUUUCUGAAGGAUCCCUCGAUGUGCUCGACAAUCGUGACUACACUACGCUCUGGUCAUUUGGUAGUCAGCCAAACACAUCCAAAUUGCCUACGGUAAAAAGAGGAAAGGAGUAUGUUCAAUUAAUGUGUGCAAAAGAGCUUUUGAUUCUUGAAAAUGAUUUCACCAAAACGACAAAGUUGAUAAAACAGUUCAAUAAGGCGCUAAACUCAGAGAAAAUUCAUGACCAAUUGGCCCAGCAUGAGCAGUGGACAUUCAAGUUAUUGUUGAAUUUGUUUAAAUUGUUCAAGCAACCACCAUCAAAGGAAUCCGAAGCGCUCGUCAACUUUUUGGUCAAGAAUUUGAAGCUUGAAAAGAUCAAGCUGGUUGCUAGCGGGGCAGGAUUGAAUCGUUGUCUUUUUGAAGUUCUCGAGUUUAUCAAAAUUUACGAACAGAUUAGCAGACGUAAUGGCUUUAAGAGUGAGAUCUUGCUGAAAGCUGUUGCGAAUGUUGCCCAAGAAAUCAAAAACUCAAAAUUAACGGACCUGACACUAUCAGAAAUUGACAACGUGAGUGCCGAUGACGUUCCCCGUGAAUCGGCCACAGAAGUUGUCGAAAUGAUCAAAAAGUCUUUGAAGGAAUCAUCGUACAAAAAGUGUAUAUAG